AUGUGUCCUUGUCUUCUCUAUCUCUUGUUUUUUCUUUGUUCACAUCUCCUCGCUGGUGUGGUUUUGUAUCCUUGUCCGAAAGGCUGCUGCUGUCCCCAUCCCGGUGACCUUGUUCUGUGUGAGUCUCUGGGUCUGCUCACUCUGCCUCGCUCCGUACCGCUAAGCACCUCCGUUUUGUCCGUGGCGCGGAAUCGUCUCUGCAACGUGGACAACAUGUUUCAGCCGUACUCUGAACUACAGGAGCUAAGCCUUGGACACAACCAACUGGCUCGUUUCCCUCGGGGGCUGCCUUCGAGUCUGGAGACCCUUCAGCUCCAAGAGAACCAGAUCACGUACAUCACGGCUGGAUCUCUGAGACAGCUUGGGAACCUCACACGCCUGGACCUGGAUGAUAACCGGAUACGAGCUAUUCAACCAGGGGCGCUGCUGGGGUUGACCAGACUGAGGAUGCUAACUCUUCAAGGGAACAGACUAUCUCGGCUUCCGGCAAAUUUACCUUCUUCGCUAACACACCUCGAUGUGUCGGAAAACUGUAUAUCUACUUUAGAUCUUCCCUCGCUAGGUGCUUUGGUAAACUUGCAAGUGUUGAAGAUUAAUAGCAACUGUUUGCGGUCUAUACCUGAGCGGGCUUUUGAUGGACUGUCCCGCCUUCAAUCGGUGGAGUUAACCAAUAAUCUAUGGGUUUGCGAGUGUGACAUCAUGUACCUGUACAGGUGGCUUCUAACGGACAGGAUACAGAUGGCGACAGAUAUGAUAUGUACAGCUCCUUUGCAUUUGACACAGAAGUUGCUUCUAACUCUAUCCGUCAUGGCCAUCUGUCCCAAACUUUUUAAGCCCGUUGAGAGAAUGUCGAGUGUAAAUUCGACCACAACAUCUGGGAAAGUGGUUGAAAGCCAUGUGGCACAGACUACAAGUGCUUCCAUGUUGGUGUCAUCUAACUCUGCGUGCAGCGUAAGCUCAUUUAAGUGCAGACCAUCUUUGAAGCGAUCAGAACCCCUUCAUGGAAACGUGUCAAGGUCCUUCUCAUGGUCAGACCAGCCUACAUUACAGAGACUGAGCUAUGAGGAUUGUCUCUCUCUAAAUGUCACAUCUUUUAUGCCCCAACCUACCCAAGAACCCUACAGUCCAUCUCCAGACAAGGUACAUGGCUGUGUGAAGAAUUCAACUGGUCAGCAACCAGAAGCAUCAGCCACUGUGGUGUCCAAUGGAUCCACAACCCCCAUUGGGCUGCAGAUCACAGCCCGGACAGUACUGCAGUCCAGCGACCCUGUGCUCAUUGCAGUUCUGGCUGUGCUCUGUGUGUUCACAAUACUAUUGACGCUAACAGUGCUUUUGGUUCUGAAGAACGUCCUUCUUCGAAACCUGAGAGUCGCACCACUUCCGCAUGUUCAAGGAGAUGCUAUCACACAUUAA